AGAAAUAUUUUGUCCAGGGUUUAAUAGCUUUAACCCCAUUUCCUUCGUGUUGCGAAGGGCGCACAAUAAAGCGGGCGGGAGAAGGGGAGGGCAGGGAAGGAGCAGAAGCCAAACAGGUUGAGACGUGUUGGCCGAACAUGGAAAGCGUGAGCAUCCGCUUAUGUUCUCUUCCUGCUAACGAUGCCGUUAUUGUUCCUCGUUCUUUCUUUGCUUCUUCGUGUCCAUUUCGAAAAGCUGGGCUUUCAGGCAGCGCAGGGCGGUCUUUGAGUUGGAAUGGUAGCGGCAUCACGCUUAGAUUUAACACUGGAGACAACAAGUUUGUUAGGGAACAUUGCAACCCUCCUUCCCACAUUUUGGGAGCAUUGCAUACCCAAGCAGAAGCUGCAGCUGUUAGCACUACUGAGGAGGUUGAUGAACUAGCAGACAUUGAUUGGGAUGGCCUAGGAUUUGGAAUCAAGCAAACUGAUUACAUGUAUAUUAUGAAGUGUGGCAAGGAUGGAAUAUUUUUUGAAGGAGACCUAACACCGUUUGGAACUAUUGAGCUGAGCCCAUCAGCUGGUGUCUUGAAUUAUGGACAGGGUUUAUUUGAAGGUUUAAAAGCAUAUAGGAGAGCUGAUCGACGUAUUGUACUUUUUCGACCAGAAGAGAAUGCUUUGCGAAUGAUAAAUGGUGCAGAGCGCUUGUGCAUGCCAGCCCCAUCCGUUGAACAAUUUGUGGAGGCUGUAAAGCAAACAGUCUUGGCCAACAAACGCUGGAUACCACCACCUGGCAAAGGCUCACUUUAUAUUAGGCCACUUCUUAUGGGUAGUGGACCUGUGCUAGGACUUGCCCCUGCACCUGAGGUUACUUUUCUCAUAUAUGUUUCUCCUGUUGGAAACUAUUUUAAGGAAGGCUUGGCACCGAUCCAUUUGAAGGUUGAAACAAAGCAUCAUCGUGCCACACCUGGUGGAACUGGAGGCAUCAAAACAAUAGGCAACUAUGCACCGGUUUUGAGCAUACAAUCUAGCGCUAAAGCGAAUGGCUUUUCUGAUGUGGUCUAUCUUGAUGCAAUUAACAAGAAGUAUCUCGAAGAAGUCAGUUCUUGCAACAUCUUUGUGGUGAAGGAUAAUGUCAUUUCUACUCCAGCACUGCAUGGAACUAUACUACCAGGAAUUACUAGGAAAAGUAUAAUUGAGGUGGCUCGUAGUCGAGGUUAUGAGGUCCAAGAGCGUUUGAUAUCUGUAGACGAAUUGCUUGAUGCAAAUGAGGUGUUCUGCACUGGCACGGCAGUGGUGGUCUCUCCUGUCGGCAGCAUCACUUAUUUUGAUAACCGCGUGGUUUACAAGAAUGGAAGUUCAGGAGGAGUUUCCCGUGAGUUGUAUUCGGCUCUUACAGGCAUUCAGAUGGGCUUGUCUGAGGAUAGCAUGGGAUGGACAAUGGAGCUAAAUUAGCCCUUUGAUUUGAAAUCGUUUUUAUGAAACUAAAUGUAAAUAAUUCUUUGCAGGUACUCUCUUUGAGAAAUUUGUGGUGUAUAAACUGAGAGGAGGGAGGUCAAAGUUUCUCGCAGAGAUAAAUGUAGUCUUUUGCAUUUACUAGAUAUUUAUUAUUUUUUUCCUUUUAACGGAUUUAAAAUUUCUUGUUAGAAAACA